AUGGGCCGCUCCACGAUCCCGCCCGCGCUCAUCGAGCUCGCGAACCCUAGCAGCCCUGAAGCGCAGGUGCGUGCGCUGCGGAACCUGAAGAACGAGAUUGUCGGCCACGAGCAGAGGAAGGAACUCGCGGUUGUGCAUGGUGUGGUAAGGCCGCUUGCGGGGUUGCUGAGGACGGAGACGAGGAGGGGAGGGAAGAGGAGGAGGGGUGUUGCAAAUGGGAGUGGGAGUGGGAGUGGGAGUGGGAGGGAAGAGGAGGCAGUGGAGUGGACGGGGGAGGAUGAGUUGAGGUUCCAGGCUACACUUGUAGUGGGGAGUUUGGCGAAUGGUGGCCCGGCGUUCAUCACGCCGCUGCUUGCGGGCGAUGUGCUCCCGCCGCUCCUUGAGGCCCUGUCGCCGAGCGAAUCCCCAUCCAAGCUCCUCGUCACUACGCUGCGGACGCUCAACCAGAUCGCAGAUGCCGUCGCGCAGGAGAAGCCUUUCUGGGACUCGUCAUCGCUGCUCUCGCUGUCGGUGACGCAGCAGAUAUAUACGAAGUCUGUGGUGGAAAGCUUGGCGGAAGUGCUCGCGCAGACGGCGAGAUCGCGCACGGUGUACCAGCAGAUAGCCUCAGUGGCACAGCUUUUAGCGAAGACAUGUCGGGAGGAGGGCCAGAAGAAGAUGCUGCUUGAUGCGGGUGUGCUGGAUCUGCUGACGGCGAAGAUGGUAGCCAUUGCCGCCUCGGACGAUCCGUCACGGAGACCGGAAAGCAGACACGCAUAUACCGAAGCACUGCCAAGGUCAAAUCUGCCGGAUAUCCUAGAGGCGAUAUCUGCGAUCAUCAAGGACUCGCACUAUAACACCGCGCGAUUCGUUUACUCGCAGCAUAUUCAGAACCUUUUCGCAUGGCCAAAGGGAUCUUCAGGGACGUACGAGGGAUACAGCGGGCCACAGGCGAAUUCCUGGGACAAGCUGAUUCCGAGGUUGCAGACGCUACAGAGUAAGUCGGAUCCGUACACUAAGAGUUGGCCUGCAUUAGGAUCGUUCGCAUCGUCUGCGGGCGAGGGCGGCAGUUAUACGCGGUUACCCAGCAUGGAGACGCUCCAGCCUUCAUCGAGUAGGAACAUCAUCUCAGACGAGUCGGAGACGCCGCUCUUCACAUGGCUCAUGUUCGUCGCAAGAAGAGGGGAGGGGCGAGAACGCCUAGCUGCGUGCUGGCUUCUUGCUUUGCUGAAAAAAUUCGGCGAGCGCUGGUCUCUGAGCGACCCCUCAAAACCCACGCGCGAACGCCACUUCUCCUACCUUGUCGUACCGCUGGUGGUCAAAAUGAUUGAAGAGGCAAACCCAAAUGCAAGAGACGCGGAGAAGAUGCACCUGCUCGAUCCCGCCGACAGAGAGGAGAUGAGGUUCGUUCUCGAGCGGUCGCCACUUGUACUCGCAGAGCUCAUUGCGAGCAACAAGACACUGCAGAGUGCCGCGGUCGACGCAAAGAUUCUACCCGUACUAGUGCAGAUCCUGAAGAAGUCGUUCGAUCCCAUCACCACCUCAAUAAAGCCGCUGUGGCAGCCGAGAUCUUCAGCGCCUGCAGUCCGCGAUCCCAUGAUUGAUGCUGCAUCAUCGACGCUGGGCAGGCCGGGCCUAGGCGUUGAUAUCGUGCACGCGUAUAAGUACAGGGAAAGCGCGCUGCUGGCAUUGGCAGCGAUCGCAGACUCGCAAGAUGGGUUGCGCAAGCUAAUCAUCGAGAUGGGUGGUGCACCGCUCAUCAUCGACUCUCUUGUCCCAUUCACGAGCGAGUCGCAAUCCGUGGGUGCAAAGUCGACGUCGGCCAAGGAUGGUAAUCCUGAAGCUGUGCUUGUUGCGGCUUGCAAGGUCACGAGGUCGCUUUCGAGGUCGGUGAGCGUGCUGCGGACGAGCUUGAUAGACCAUGGGAUUGCACAGCCUGUUUUUGACCUGUUGACGCACCCGAAGAUAAAGGUGCAGGUUGCUGCUACUGAGGUUAUUACGAAUCUGGUUCUGGAGGUCUCUCCGAUGCGGACAGAGAUCAUCGAAGCGGGUGCACUAGAGACACUCUGUGAGCAUUGCCGCUCAGCCAACUUCGACCUCAGAUACGGUAGCCUGUGGGCCCUCAAGCAUCUGUGCCUUGGUCUCCCAACGCACAUGAGGAAAAAGUGCUUGGAUACCUUGGGUGUAGGCUGGCUGAAGCAGGUGCUCAACGGCGAGCCUUCGUCGAAAGCAGCAUCCUCAGCACCUCUCGGCAUGGGCACGCCGAACGCAGCAGGUGAACAAGUCGACAUUCUCAACGCAGUUGAUGAUCCUCACAUGGACGUCGACGACGAACCGUCAUCUUCAGAAGAUGAAGACACCAUGACCGACAGCAUCCCCUCACUUCGUCGGCACCAGCGUCCAGGCUCGCGCUACACCAGCGCAACAAACAUCCGCGACCGCCUCCAGCAAAUCAAGAGUGACGAGCAAGAUGCAAAUAUUAGCAACGAACGCGACGACGUCCGCAUCCAAGAGCAAGCCCUCGAUUUCGUCCGCAACUUCAUCACCGAAGAAAAGGCCUCUGGCGACAUGAUCGACCACCUCCUCAACGAAUUCAACCGCACCGAGUUCUUCGAGCUCCUCGAUUCGAAACUGCGCCCCAAAACCACAGGCGCCCCUUCCACAACCUCUCAGCCCGCACAAUCAAGCAGCGGCACCUCAGCACCCAGCUACUGGUCCCCCUCGUCCUCCCGCCUCCCUUCCUUCUCCACAACCCAGCCCCAGCCCCCAGCCCAACCAAACUGGGCCGCCUACCCUGCGACCGACCUCAUAAUCGCGACCCUCUACAUUCUCGUGCACCUCGCCAACGGGCGCCCCUCGCACCGCUCCCUCCUCAUCUCCCAAACACUCCUCAUGACGCACAUCCUGCCCCUCCUGACCCACCCCCGGCGCGACGUACGCCUGCCAUGCGCGUGGUUCAUAAACAACCUUGUCUGGGAAGAAGACAGCAGUGAUGCGGGCCCGACGCGGGAGCGCGCUAUGCAGUUGCGGAAUCUGGGAUUUGAAGAAGGCGCACGGGGCUUGGGGAGGGAUAUCGAUCUCGACGUGAGGGAGAGGGCGAAGACGGCGGUAGAGCAGCUGGGCAAGUUGCUUGGGAGUGGGAGCGCAGGGCCGAGCGGCUAUGGCAGUCCCGGGCAUUUUGGGGAAGGGGGCGGGUUAGGCGGAUUGAGGGGGCUAGGCGGGCAGCAGAGGGGGAGUUGGAGCAGGGAGUAG